AUGUUGACGGGCACGUGGAAUGCGAUGAAGCGACACAAAUGGAAGUUCCUGGCGGGCGGCAGCGCCGCCGCGGGACUCGCCUACCUGGGCCGCCAGGUGUACGUACAGUACAAACAGCUGUCGGCAAUGCUGGAAGACACAGAAGACUUGGAUCGUCUCCUCGCCGCGCUGCUGGGCUUGAACCCCGAAGAGCUUCCCGCGGACGGGAGCCUUGACACAAAUCGAGAACAAGACGAGGAGCGAGAGGAGAACGAGAAGCGUGACACCAGCGCUCCGGUGUUUUCCUUUUCUGCGUUGUCUGCUUCUUUGUCUUCUCCGUUUUCCUCAUUUCUGGAGCGACUGGGAUUCCUGCCUUUUCGCGGGAGCAGGACCGUCCCGCGCGCGAGCGCCUCGGCAGAGUGGAAGAUGAUUGCGCAUUUUCUUCGGACGCAAGUUCUCGCCGACCGGUCGACUUGGGAACUGCGCGAAGAGAUUCGCGGCAUCGUGAAUGUUGCCUUCGACAUCUCGCACUACACCGCGCUUCUGCGGGAUCCAGUCUCCGCCCGCACCCUCUCGCCAGUCGCCAAGCGCCGGUGCUUCUUCCACAUGAGCGUCGAGGUGUACGCCCGCACCUUGAUGGCCAUCUACCUCCUCGUUCUCCUCGCAGUGCUACACAGAGUCCAGGUCAACAUCGUCGCGCGCCAGACCUUCUACGGUGUCUAUACACCUGGAUUCACCCGGAAGCGCGUGGAGGAGACACCUGGAGAGAAACGCGGCGAGCUGAGGGACUCGACGCAGCCAGGCGCCGAGAGAACAGAGGAUCGCACCUACGCGCCGUCCCCAGAUGACCCUAAAGACCCUGGAACACCCUCGGCGUUUGCGUCUCUGGUGGGUGGUGAGGAUGAGCGCAGGGCGGAGCAAGAUGCGAGCGGCGAGGAGUCGAUUUCUCUGGAGGAAGUAAAGGCUGCCAACUACUUGUUUUUGACGACGACGAGGUACCUGCUUUCCUCGCAGGCUGCGCUCGACCUCAUCGCAGUUGAAAUCCACCGCGCCACUCGCCAAGUCCUUCGAGACGCGCAGCCCGAGGGAAUCCUCUCGUCCAAAGACCUCCUGCAUCUUCUUCUUCUCAUUCUCGUCACUGCCCACACGCGCAUUCUGAAACGCGCUGAAAACGGCGCCCUACCCCGCAAGAGACACAAAGCCUUGUCUCGGAGCACCGCCGCUGACGACACCGAACCCGACGAAGAAGAGGAAGAAGCAGAUAUAGAAGGGGAAGAGGUCAAAGAAGAGGAAGAAGAGGAGACAGAAGGGGAAGAAGACGAAUCAGAAAGCGAGGAGGAACAAGGCAGGAGACCAGUGUCGCGCGGCAUCGGUUUGGCGGCUUUGCUUCUCCCCGAGGGAGCGCACCCUUUCGAGGUGUUCCCGGAAGACGAGGCAGCGCGAAAGACCUGUCGGGACCUCUGUGAGGCAGACACGUGCGCGUCACAUAAGCGGAGCAGCGGCGAGGUGCGAGUGGAGCCUCGGUCGUCUUCAAACACUGUCCAAGGCGCGCCGGCAUCUCUCGCCGACUUAAAAAACCCCGCGAUCUCGUCCCUCGUCGAAGCUCAGCUCGCAGAGGCUCGGGACCUCCUCGAAGCGCCUGCAUGCGCGGAAGCAACCCUCGACGGGUUGACCGCCUCGCUGUGGCUAGCUGUCCAGUGCCUCCAAGGGUGUCUCCUCCAGGCUGGGCGGGCUGUGCCGGCGUCGCCAAGCCCGUCGCUGCUGUCCCCGUCUCGCGCUUCGAUUUCCCUUUCUUCGGUUGUCGAAGUGGUAUCUCAGAACCGGUCGCAGUCUCGACAGGACGAGCGCGAGAACGCCUCUCCAGCGCGUUUCGAGGGGAACAGAGAAGAGCGGUCACGCGUGGAUGUGCGAGCCUCUGCGGAGCGCACGGAGUGGGUCGACAGCAACCGGGUGUCCGUGACAGAUGAGGAUUUGUGGUUUCCCAGAUUCUGCCUCUUUCCGUUUGCGCGAACGUUCGGGCGCAUGUGCCAGCUAGCCGACUUUGUUCUCGGGACGCCCGGGAGCAGGGAGGGCGACGAGGCUGUGGAGAGGCCGACCGGAGGCGCGAAGCGACAGGGCGCCUCAGGAGCCCCAGAGGCUGCCGCACGGCGAGGAGAGUGCGCGAACAGACGACCGGGCACUGGCGACUUUGAGAGCCCCGCAGAAGAGAGCGACAGCGACGUCCUGGCGUUCUUUGCGCGCUUGCCGGCAAUCGAGGAGUUCUCCUCGUUCGCUUUCUUCCCCACGGCGACAGAGGACGAGCUGGACGCUCUCCGCGCGCUCGCUGUGGCAGCUCGAGAGAAGGCGGAGACAGAGGAGACACGCCGGCGCUUUCUGUUGCCCCUCGGGCGCCUGAGCGAGCGGGGAAGUCCGGCGUUCCGGCACAUGCUCCAGAUGCAGCGAGAGGCUCAGAAGCAGGUGUUGCUGGCCGCGCUGCGCGAGGAACAGGCUUUGGUGACGCGCAGAAAGCAGCGAGAAGAAGUGGAACGGAAGGAGACAGUGACUUGCAAAGCUGAGAAGGAAGAAGAGACGAAGACAAAACCAGAGGCAGGCGUGGUGCACGACACGCAGGAACCCGCGCCAAUUGCGGAGCCUCGUUUCUCUUCCUGGUCCGAGCGAGACACUUCAGACGCGGGGACAAGAGAGAAUGAAGGGAAGCUGUUGCGCGAGGCUCUGACGUCAAGGGCCCACAACAAGACGUUUUCUGCAGGCAGAAAGGAGGGAGAACGAGAAGUCGAAGGGACGAAAGAGAGAGGUCUGGACUCUCGCGGAGAGUCUUGCCUCACGGUCGCGUUCUCGAGACUGGCUCAGAACCCUUCAUCGACUCCCGGGAGUUUGCAGGAAGUUUCUCGCGAGGCGAGAGCGGGAGACGUCCGUCCAGCGGCGCCCUCGGAACCCUCCGGCCCCGCAGCAUCCACGGCCGCCCUCGACGGGGGGUGUCUCUCGCGGAUCCACGCCUCGGAGGGCGCGUGUGAGGGGACAGGUGACGACGGCGGUUUUGCGGGAAAGGACCGAAAAGGAGAGCAAGGCAGCGGGAAACAGCUCUUCUCUUUUUUUCGUUCUCUGGAAAGGCAAACCACAGACAGCGCGGGAGACGGUGCGCUGCGACACCGGGAAGGCGAGAGCGAGAGAAGCGAAGGCUGCGCAGAACCACAGCGACAGUCGCCUUCGGUGGAGAGGGAGGCGAGAGUGGAGUCGGUUGCCCCUGGGUCUCCACCUACUGUUCCAAACGCGGAGAGAGGAGGGAGCGGCGACGGUUUAACGCUUGAGGAAGAGGGGUUUCUCGAUUGCCAAUGCGCCGCCUCGGAUCUGUCGCUGGACGUACACCUCAUCGACAGCCGUCUCAGCUCUCGGGGUCCUCUGGACUCCUGGAGCGGCGCCGAGGUGUCUCUGUCUUCGUUCGUGGAUCGGAGAACGGAGAAGCGCGGCAGUGACCGAGAUGAAGGAGACAAGAAAGUCGAGAGCGAACGAGGGGAAACUGACCCAGGCCGGGGCACAAAAAAACGAGGAGCCUGCGCAGAGACUAGGCGACCUGGAAAAAGUGCAGAAGAUAGCGUUUCAGGCGCAGCCUUCGGCGCCCAUGCACACGAGGAGAAGGCGGGCGAGACAGGGGAGACGCGGGAAGGAAAAGACGAGAGAAAGGGGUCUUCGGCACCCGGGUCGCCUGCUGGAGGAGGCGAGCCGGGAGCCGAAAGCGAUGACCAAAUACAAGCAGAGAGUGAAGACGCACGAGGGAAGAACGGACCUGAACCCGCUGAGAAGACCGAAAAUCUUGAAAAAUCCUAG